UUCCUCUGUCCUCGUGCGUCUCUCUUUCUUCAACUCGUGAAGAAUGAUUAGCAUACAGGAGACGGGAACUUUCCAGCGUGAGUGAUCAGGAGUGCAAGUUUGCAUAAAAAGAGGAAAAUACCAUCAAGGGAGAUCAGAAAGUUUGUGCCAAGACAGCUUUUUGAGACUGAAAAUGAAACUGGAGGAGGUGUAGGAACCUCUUAGCAGUCAUCUACCAUAGAGGGACCUGGGACAGAGGUCAGAAUCAAGAGCAAUAAAACCUGCAAUUACAUCAGAUGGAGGUGGAUGUAGCAGAUGAGAAUCAUCAUUGCACACGCUCGAAAGUACCUCUGGAGCCAGCGAUACAAGAGUUAUUCAGUGUGUAUGGCUGCCCUAUCUCCAAGAAGAGGAAACCCCUGGAGAGUCAUGUCCUGGAGCCUUCACCCAAGAGAAGGCUCUUUUUAACGGUCACAGACCAACAGCCAAUGGAGAAAUGCCACAGACAUGACAAAAUGGAGGAGAUGGAAGAAAAAGAGGAUGAGGUUCAGGAAAAGGAGAAAGACGAGGAAGGGGAGGAGGAAUAUACAGACAAUGAGGACCAAUAUGAACAGGAAGAGGUUGAAUUGAUUCAUGGGGAAGAGGAAGAGCUAGAACAGGAAGAGGAGGAAGUGGUGGAAGAAAAUGAAGAGGUAGAAAGAGAGGGGGAGGGAGAAGAAGAGGAGGAGGUAGAAGAAGAUGAGGAAGACUAUGAGGAGUUUGUUCAAGAGAGUAACCAAAUGAAUUGGAGUCCCACCAAACCAAGCCUCGUCAUGGAGAAGGACAAUAACAAUAAUGAUGAAUAUGACAACUACGAUGAGCUGGUGGCCAAAUCUCUGCUUAACCUCGGCAAAAUCGCAGAGGAUGCCGCUUACCGUGCCAUGACUGAGUCUGAGAUGAACAGCAACUCUUCAAACAGUGCUGAAGAGGAUGAGGAAGAUGAAGAUGAUGAGGAAGAUGAAGAAGAAGAUGAGGAUGAGGAAGGUGAUGAAGGCUCAAGGAAUGGUGAGCUAAGUGUAGAUGUCAACAGUGAUGUAGUGAGGGAGACUGUGGACUCCCUGAAACUUCUGGCACAGGGUCACGGAGUUACACUCUCAGACAAUCUCCAAGACAGUCCAUAUCAGGACGAUGACAGGCAGUGCAGCAACAUUAAUGGUAUUGGACUCACUGGUAACUGUGGGCAGGGUAAACUCACCAGUAAUGGUCAUAUGGUGGAGAAGAGUGAUGAGGAAGUUUGUCUGAGUAGUUUAGAGUGUCUUCGCAACCAGUGUUUUGACUUGGCACGCAAGCUAAGCGAGACCAAGCCAGCCGAGCGCUUCCACAAUAACCAGCAGGUGCAUCAACUCUAUCAGGAGGCCCACCAUCAGCAUCAGAACCCUGAAGAACAUCGGAUCCUUGAGCGCAACUACUCAGACAUGGUGAACCUGAUGAAGCUGGAGGAGCAGCUCAGCCCAUGCUCCAAGACGUUCUCCAGUUGCGCUGCAGAACACAGAGGCUUCCACGACUGCGAUGAAGACACAACCUCUGUCACGUCAGACCGCUCGGAGGAUGUGUUCGACAUGACCAAGGGUAACCUGUCUCUGCUGGAGAAGGCUAUAGCACUGGAGACAGAGCGGACCAAGGCAAUGCGGGAGAAAAUGGCUUCUGAAGUGGCCAGAAGAGAGAGACUGCAUUUGCAUGAAGACGGUUUGAGGCAUCGCUAUGAAGAGGAGCGGAAGAACCGUCUACACCAUGGUGGCCUAAAGAAGCCCUACUAUCUUAAAGAUUCUUCACGUUCAGGGAAGAAAGAAAGUCGGUGCCCGACGCCUGGUUGUGACGGUACAGGUCACGUGACGGGGUUGUACCCACAUCAUCGCAGUCUGUCAGGAUGCCCCCAUAAAGACAGAGUCCCACCAGAAAUUCUUGCAAUGUAUGAGAAUGUUCUUAAGUGCCCUACGCCUGGCUGCACGGGCCGGGGUCACGUCAACAGCAACAGAAACUCGCACAGGAGCCUGUCAGGGUGCCCAAUAGCAGCUGCAGAGAAACUGGCCAAAGCCCACGAGAAACUUCCAUCCUGUGAACCGUCUUGUCCCAAAUCCAGCCAGGCAUCAGACCGGGUGCUAAGGCCGAUGUGCUUUGUGAAACAGUUGGAGAUUCCACAGUAUGGCUAUAAAAACGACGUCCCCACAACAACCCCACGCUCCAACCUUGCCAAAGAGUUGGAGAAAUACUCUAAAACCAGCUUCGACUACAACAACUAUGACAACCACAACAUCUACAGCAAACGACACACUGCUGCACCCAAAGUCCACAGUCGAGACACACUACCCAAAAGCGAUGAUGUGAAGCGCUACUGUAAGAGCUCGAGUUCGGCAAGCAGCACCAGCAGCAGUUACGGGCCCAGCAGUAGCAGUCUGAGCUGUGGAGGAGGUGGAGCAAGGGGAGCAAAAAGCAGUGCCAGCAGCACCUGCAGCAAGAGCAGCUUCGACUACACACAUGACAUGGAGGCGGCGCAUAUGGCUGCUACCGCCAUCCUCAACCUCUCCACCCGCUGCAGGGAGAUGCCACAGAACCUGAGUUUCAAAACCCUUGACAUCUGCACACAGUCUGACGAUAUGGAUCCCUUCCAGGAUAUUUUAGAUGAUAGUCCAUACACUGCCGAUGUCAAUAUUUCCAGUCCCAAGCCUAAAUUCCCACCUUGCAAAGAAAGCAAAAAGGACCUGAUAACAUGUCCAACACCAGGGUGUGAUGGGAGUGGUCACAUGAGCGGUAAUUACGCCUCACAUAGAAGUCUUUCAGGAUGUCCUUUAGCAGAUAAAAGCAUUCGGAGUAUGAUGGCCACCAAUGCACAAGAACUCAAGUGCCCGACCCCGGGCUGUGAUGGCUCGGGACAUAUUACUGGCAACUACUCUUCUCACAGAAGUUUGUCAGGUUGUCCACGUGCUCGGAAGACUGGAAUAAAGAUAGCCAUCAGCAAAGAGGACAAGGAGGACCAGGAGCAUAUCAGGUGUCCAGUGCCUGCCUGUGACGGUCAGGGUCAUAUAACGGGGAAAUACGCAUCACACCGCAGUGCAUCAGGCUGCCCUCUAGCGGCUAAGCGGCAGAAGGACGGUUAUAUGAACACCUCUCAGUUCACAUGGAAAGCUGGAAAGACAGAUGGCAUGUCAUGCCCCACACCAGGCUGCGAUGGAUCCGGUCACGUCAGUGGCAGUUUCCUCACACACAGAAGUCUGUCUGGUUGCCCGCGUGCAACAACAGCAAUGAAGAAAGCCCGACUGUCAGCAGUGGAGAUGCUCACCAUAAAACAACAAACUUCCAAUGGUUUUGACAGUGAUACAGACAUUAAACAGCUGGAUGAAGAUAUUAAAGAUUUAAAUGAAUCAAAUUUGCAGGUGGAGGCAGACAUGAUUAAACUUAGAACACAGAUCACCACAAUGGAGUCGAAUCUGAAGUCCUUAGAAGAAGAAAACAAGGACCCAAUAAGUGAACAGAACUUUGAUGCGUAUGUGAGCACACUAACAGACAUCUACACAAAUCAAGAUCAGUAUCAGAGUCCAGAGAACAAGGUCCUGCUGGAGAACAUCAAACAAGCAGUGCAAGGCAUUCCAGUCUAAAGUGAAUAAAUACAGGGGACACUUCCAAGAGAAAUCAUAUGGGAUGCCUCUUGCUUUGCUGUUGCAGUUUAUCAAGCAGUGAACAUAUUGUAUGUUCUUUUCAAAUGUUAUGCUGACUGAAAUUUGUAUUUAUUUCUCUUGCCUUGCUUUGAAAAAAUAAUGACCUGCCGAAGAGUUUUUGAAAACAUCCACAUAUGUGAAGUCAUUUCUCUUGCUGCUCGUUCAUGCACAUUUAAAUGUACUAUAUAUUUCUGAACAGCAAAUGCAACCACUACUGAAAAUACUGCAUUCUUACUUUUAUAUGCUUGCUGAGAGAACAUUACAAACCAAGAUUUAAAAAUCGCAUUGCAAAAAGAGUUAGCCACUUAAAAAAAGAAAUACUUAAAAGCAUUUUGUGCAAUAACAAAUAUGGUUUUAAAAAGUGUGAAAUUUUGUUGUUAAUGUUUAAAAAAAGACUCUCUAUAUGAAUGUUUAUUCUAAGCAUCAUGACACAGAAACUUACUGGUGGAGGUCCUGUUACUUAGCAUUUGUUUAACAAAAAAUCAAACAUAAAAUGCGUUGACACAUUUUGUUAAUAGAUAUGCAUUCUCAUUUUAAUAUAUUAAUAUAAGCAUCAAUGUUUUCAUUUGGUUCAUUCUUAAAAAAAAAAAAAAAAAAACUGUACAGUAGCCAGAAUCAAACUGUCUCAGCAAUGUAUGACUUAAACUUGUUUAAAAAGAGAUGCAAUCUAUGUGGUGGACAGCCGUUUGGGUAUAUGCAAUUUCAUGUUUGUAAACAGUGGAAGCGACAGAACCUUUUUACUAUAUGUAAAUUAUUGAUUUUUAUAUAAAUCUUUUACUACAAAUGUUUUAAAAAGGGAAACAUGGAAAUUGCGUUUAGAGACAGACAAUUCUUUAUGAGUUUCAUCUUCUUUCUGUACAGUGCUGCACAGGGACACCUUUGUUUCCAUGUUCUGAUGUUUGUAUGGAAUCUAAAGCAGCGUAUAAAGCAGAAUAUAUAGACAAUGAAAACGGGACCUACAGGGUUUUUGUCCCUCACUUUUGUGCCAGAAGACUAUUUGCACAUGUCCAAGAGAUUUAUCCGACCUUUGGUUGAUGUGCAAUCUCCAAGUGUUCACAAUCUUUGGUGUGCGGUUGGAAGGCGUGAUGACAGACAUUCAGCAGUUUUGAGGAGAGAUUACAGGGAAUUCAAAUAGAAAUAAUGACAAUAUCUUUACAAGAAAUAUUGUGAAUUUUGAAAAAUUGAUGCUAGUUCAUUUUAGUAUGUUCUAUACAGUAUCAGAAAAGAAUAAUCCCCAGCAGCACUUUAUUUAAUAUCUAAUCACUGUACAAAUCAUUAAAGAGUACUCAAUCAAAAUAAAGAGUUUUAAGUGGUUAAGAAAAAUCUCCCAAUACAAUGGGUUUGUAUGUUAGAUUCAAAAGUAGACUUUGGGGCACUACAGUAUGCACCCUUAAUUUCCAUUGUACUAUUAGCUGUAGCAACCUUGUUAAUACCUUAUUGAGAGCUGAUGCGAAGGUGCUUGUUUUCAUUGUAUUAAUCUGUCCUAUUUUAGGGCGACAUCAUUCAUGAGUGCACAGAAUCAUGUCUGCAGCUUUUUGCCAAUAUAGUAAUGCUUUCCAUAGACAUAUAGCUAGAAUAAAUGAUCAUCAUCGGUACAAUGGAAAUAGGAUUUUUAAGCACAAACCUGCUGCUCAUUUACUGUCUGUGCAUAAUAUUGGUUAAAAAGAUAUCUGUGACUAAUUACCCAAGGUACUGUAAAACGAAAAGAUGUCACAUAUUAGAAUGGCGAAUUUACAUACUUUAUUUAUCUUAAAUUUCGAGUUUGAUUUGUUUGAAUCAUCAAUGAUGGAGGAAUUUUGUACAAACUAUCGUGCUCUCUGUGGAGUUUGAUUUAUUUUUGUACGACACAGCAUGAAAUUGUUGACAUUUUAAUUUUACUACAAAUUUGUGAGAUCACAAGUUUAUGUGAUUUUUCAUUUUUAAUCUGUGAAAUUUGUACAAUAUUUGUCAUGCUAGAUGUUGACACAUUGUACUCUGAAUAAAGAAAAAUGUUGU